UACUUCGCGAGCAACAGCUGUAUACUGCUUCACCGUCGUUUGAACUCACUUUUCUUUCCCUUUAAGAACAAUAAAGGUGCACAGAAGUAAACAAUGGACGACCGGGUGUGUGUGUAGAGGUCAGGAGCCGUGAUUGAGAUCAGCAGCUUGUGUGCUGGGAGAAGAGCUGAAAUGGACCCAUUUGCUCCUGGAUCCCCACCUUCUUCUCCUACUAAUUCCAUCUCUCUAGCGUCUCUUGUGUCUAAACACACCCCUCGCAACACUUCCUCCUUUGCAACACCAGGUUCUUCUUCUCGGGUGUCUCCUCCUUUACAUCCAGCUUCACACACGGGUCGCUCCCAGCUAAAUGCAGCUAGCGUUGCAUCUGAAGACAGCCCACCUGGUGGAUCUUCAUCUCCUGCAGGAGACAUUUCAGAGGAGCUGGACAUAGAGGAACUUAAGCAAAGGGCUAAGAAUGGAGAUUCCAAAGCACAGACUGAGAUCGGCAGGUAUUACUUGAGACUAUCUGAACAUGAGGAUGAAGAAGUCAACAGUGUCACAGCAGUAACAUGGCUCUUACAAGCAGCAAAAAAUGGAAGGAGGGAUGCUGUGAAACUUCUACAGUUUUGCUUGCGUGAAAGAAAAGGCAUCACAGCUGAAAACAGAGAGGAGGUAUGCACCUUGGCAUCCGAGUCACGUUUUGAACGUACUGUGAGGAAAGCGGCUCUCUGUAUGUACUGGAAACUCAACCCAGACAAGAAAAGAAAGGUUUCUACUACGGAACUGCUGGAAAACAUUAGCCACUACAGCUCUGAAACAGAUGGUGCCCCAAACAACACACUUUCAAGUUCAGCUCAGAAACAGAGGAAGGUCUUAGAACGUCUUGUCUCCAGCAGUGGUAACCAGUUUGUUGGCGUUGAGGAUUUUGUUGAAAAUGCCAAGCUUUAUGCACAAGGUAUCUCACCAUCACCGGUUUUUGAUGCGGCAGUAGAUGAUGAUGAUGAUGAUGAUGAUGAACCUGUGAAGAACCCAGAAGAGUUACCUUUGCGUCAGAAGAUACUAAAGUUUCCCCUUCAUGCUGUGACUGAGGUAAAGGAGGUGUUGAUCGACUGGGCUUCCCGAGCUGGAAUGCAGUGGAUCAGCGUCCUCAUCCCGACUCACCAUGUCAACACUCUGAUUUUUUUCUUCAUCAUCUCCAACCUGACUCUGGACUUUUUCCUUCUCGUCAUUCCACUCGUCAUCUUCUACCUCUCCUUCCUCUCGAUGGUCAUCUGCACAUUAAGGGUUUUUCAGAACAGCAAAGCAUGGGAGAACUUUAAGACCCUGACAGCCAUGUUGGCUCGUUACGAGCCAGGUUUGGACGUAGAGCAAGCCGAGUCCAACUUCACCUGGACUCAUCUAGAGCCUCACCUGUAUUUCCUGGUCUCUGCAGUUUUUCUCAUACUCUCAUUCCCUGUGGCAGAUAAAUCUUGGCUGCCUUGUUCCGAACUGGCCACGGUGGCUGUCUUCUUCACUAUAAGCAGCUACCUGAGCUUGCGUCCAGCUGCGCAGCAACAUGCUAGGCUAGCGCUCCUUUCACAAUUUGCCUCUGCAAUUUGCUCUUUCACUAAUGAGCUGAUUGGGGGUAGGGUGGGUCAAUUUGUUGGAGGGUCAUGGUUUAGCAUGUCAAUCUGUGAUUGGUUGGUAUUGCAUAUGAGCGUGCCUUGCAUUCUCUACCUUUACCUCCUGUACUUGUGUGUCCGCAUGGGCACAGCACGAGGAGGGCAGGGGUCUUACAGCAUGCUUCUGCCCUACCUGCUCUGUUUCACAUGGUGCGAGCUGUCUGUGACGCUUCUGCAUGCGUCCACUGCACUAGGACUCAUGCGCACAGCUGUGGGCUACCUGCUUUUCUUUUUUGCCUUGCCUGUACUUUCACUAGUGCUGGUAUCUGCACUAUUGGUUCAGCUCAUACAGUGGUUCCUUGCUCUGGAGCUGGCCAAGAUGGCAGUGACUGUGUGUGUUUGUGUGGUGCCGGUUUUGCUGAGGUGGUGGAUUCGUUUCAGUGUGUCACCUCUUGCUCUAAUUCGGUCUCUAAGGCGCAGUAGCAUGGUUAAACUGAUCUUUGUUUGGAUCUCUGCUUUGGUUCUCUUCAGCUGGUUCUAUGUGUACCGUUCUGAAGGCAUGAAGGUUUAUAAUUCCACUGUUACCUGGCAACAGUACAGUGAGAUGUGUGGCCCUCGUGCCUGGAGGGAGCGCAACAUGGCACACACACAGAUCCUCUGUAGUCAUCUUGAAGGCCACCGUGUGACCUGGGAAGGUCGGUUUAAAUAUGUCCGUGUGACAGAUAUUGAAAAUGGAGCACAAUCGGUCGUCAACCUCUUGCCUGGCUUCAUAGCAGACUGGGUCCGAUGCCUUUAUGGAGAGGAGUACCCAGCCUGUGACAGCACCCAACCACAGCCAGAUUUGCCUCUUUGCAAGCUCAGAGCAUUCGCAAAUCACAAGUGUCAUGUGAAACGUUUUGACCGCUAUAAAUUUGAAGUGACCAUGGGUAUGCCCCUUCAGGAUAAAAAGGGCAGAUGGGCGCAAGAACCUGACGAUGAUGCAACCAAAGACAUAGUGCUCCGGGCAAGUAAUGAAUUCCGUGGUGUGCUCUUGGCCCUCAGUGCAGGCAGUGUUGUGGAAUUCAGUACCGUUCUGGAGGGAAGGCUAGGCAGCAAGUGGCCUGUGUUUGAGCUAAAAGCACUUCAUUGUAGGACUUGUACCUCACCUUUGAUACCUACAAAACGGCAAGUCAAGAUAGAGCCGGACUGGAGGGGUAAUGUCCGUAACGCAUUUGCCUUUGCGUUCAACUUCCUUUUCCACCCCUUGCUCACUGCUGAAGUAGAAGAUGCUGUGUCUGCAGAAGCUGGGUAGUAAACAUUUUAUAAUUUUAUAUCAGUUUGAUAACCAAGCCUUGUAUAACAGAAGUUAUUCAGGGCCUGUCACACUUUCUCACAAGAAGUGGAAGAGAUGUCUAUUGUUGGCCUGUAGUCAUAGAGUGCUGAGAUAUCAAAUAUGUGUUGUUUUGAGAACUAGGCUACUCUGUCUGGAUUAAAUGUAAAAUCAUUAUGGGAUUCUUACUCAGGAUGGUGGCCAAGUGGGGGUGAAUUUUCAGUGACCAUUGUGGCAUGUGAGUAAUUCCCAUUCAAAUGAAAAUGAUUUGGUGGUUCCUACAGAGAAAUUUAGUCUAAAUGCCAAGGCUCCUUAUUUCAAUAUAAUAGUGUAGACCAUCUGUAUCUGAUCUUCUCCACAGUGAGCCAUUGUGGCUGCGAGUUUUAGUCUUCCAUUGACUAUACUAUUUUGUGUUCCUCUUGGUUGGUUGGAUCAAAACCUGCAGCCAUGCUGGAAAUGCAGGCAAUAUUCAACCUUUUGCAGACUAGCGGAGGAAGAAGACUGAAAAAUCUAUCGAUUCUCUAUUUAUUUAGGCAGGAGCUCUUUGUAUGGUAAUGGAUAUUAUUUAUGGCCAUAUUCUCAUUUUCUGGCUCUUCGCUGGACUGAACACUAUUUUAAGUGGAAAAUUACUAUUGACAAAAUCAUUUAGUCCAAGACUAAAGAAAAUUUAGUGCAACUUCUUAUAUUUGUUUUGUGUACAAGUGUGUAUGAAUGGGUGUCGGAAAGAGGAACAUUGUAAACCUACAGAAACGAAAAUUCCAGAAGGUACUAUAAAGUAAGCCAUGAGGGAUCAUUUAAAAAAUGUUUAGCGUUGUGUAAAAUUUGGACAUAAAAUGUCAUGUCCAUCAUUUCAUUUGUGGGAUUUUCUUCCCAUCUCACAUGAUAAACAUGGUAUAUCAGAGGCUUAGAAUAGUGACAAAGCACUAACAGACCAUGAUUAGGAACAUUAGAAUGUUUAAAAAAACAUUAUUUUAAAACAAUAACAUCUUUAAAAAAAAAUUAUCUGGUAAAAAAAAAAUCUUAUUGAACUAUGUAAUAUUUAUUUUUGUGAAUUGUUUGGAGUGUUUUAAACAUUAAUUUGGGAGUUAGGGUAAAAUGUAUAUAUUUUUGUAUAGAGAUCAUUAUAUUGUUAUUAUCAUUAUUAUUAUUAUUAUAUGGAUGUUUUUCUUUUUAUAGCUUGUCUGUGAUUUCCUAUUCUAUGUGCGUAAAACCACCACAGGGCAUUCAAGUAGUCAUACUGUACAUGAUGAGAUUUUUGUUAAAUACCUGUAAAUGAUAUUUAUAUUACACAGUAAUAUAAAAGCAUACUACUUACUGUAUAUUGGGAUUGCUGCACAUACAGUAGGAUUCCAUACAGAUGCACAGGCACCAGAACUAUUUUACGCCCUCAAAAAGCACGCUGCUCACUUUAAGUUCAAUUGAGCUGGUCUCUAGUCCAUUGUGUUUAUUCACUACUGUAGUAUUGCACUAUGAUCAAUAAAAGCAGUUCUUUAGCCAGCUGUU